AGCAUCCUGGAGAGAGAGAUAGAAAAGGGGGUGAUAAGGCAACAUUCCUAACGUCCUGUCAGUGAGAGAGAGCAGCACAGAGGACAGCAGAGGAGCCUCCCAACCAACCCAGGUCCUCCACAGUCCCUCCUAGUCUUCACUUUGUUCCACAUCCAGAAGAGGACCCGUUACACUGUGCUGUGCUACCUCUCCUGUGAACCCUACCCGUACUGCUCGUUGCCGUGCUCUCCUGUGAACCCUACCCGCACUGCUCGUUGCCGUGCUUUUCUGUGAAUCCUACCCGUACUGCUCGUUGCCGUGCUCUCCUGUGAAUCCUACCCGUACUGCUCUUUGCGGUGCUCUUCUGUUCAAUAACAACUCUACUGCUGCUUCGUCCUACACCAGCUGUUGACAGCCAGACCAACGUCUGCUACUCCACGACCCCAUCACUGCACUGGGCAGCCACACCACUUCCUCCUCACUGCACUGGGCAGCCACAUCACUUCCUCCUCACUGCACAGGGCAGCCACACCACUUCCUCCUCACUGCACUGGGCAGCCACAACACUUCCUCCUCACUGCACUGGGCAGCCACACCACUUCCUCCUCACUGCACUGGGCAGCCACACCACUUCCUCCUCACUGCACUGGGCAGCCACACCACUUCCUCCUCACUGCACUGGGCAGCCACACCACUUCCUCCUCACUGCACUUCCCUCAAGCAGUACACGCUGUCUGAGAAGAACACAGGUGGAGAUGAAGAUACAGACCACUCCCACCAUGGACAUAGACGCCCUGACGUCCAUCCUGUCCAACGCGUCUUCAGAGAGUAGCUGUGCUCCUGUAGAUAACACUGUGGAGAACAUGGUGUUUGGAGGUUACUACAUUCUGGUGUUUCUCCUGGCGCUCAAUGGUAACGCCUUGGCCCUCUGGAUCUUCUCCCGGCAGCGUGGCACAUCCUCUCCCGCUAACGUCUUCCUGCUGCACCUGGCUGUGGCCGACCUCUCCUACGUCAUAAUCCUGCCUCUCCGCGCCACAUACCACCUCACGGGGGGCCACUGGCCGUUCGGCGAGGUUCCAUGUCGAGUCGCCGGCUUCCUGUUUUAUGUCAACAUGUAUGCGAGUCUCUACUUCUUGGCGUGCGUGGCUGGGGAUCGCUACCUGGCCGUGGUGCACGCCGUGAGGUCACUGAAGAUCCGCCGUGCCCGCUACGCCCACACCAUCAGUUUUUCUCUGUGGGUGCUGGUCACCGUCUCCAUGGCGCCCCUGCUGGUCACCCGUCAGACUGCGGAGGUGGACGGGAUGACGGUGUGUCUGCAGCUGUACAGGGAGAAAGCCUCCCGCAAGGCCCUCGUCUCUUUAGCCGUAGCCUUCACCCCUCCUUUCCUCUCCACACUGACCUGCUACCUGCUCAUCAUCCACAGCCUGAGGAGAGGAUCCCGACUGGAGCCCCAGCUGAAGCUGCGAGCCCUGAGGACCAUCGGCCUGGUCAUGCUGAUCUAUGUGGUGUGCUUCCUGCCGUACCACGCCUCCAGAGCCACGUUCAUCCUGGGGUACGCCCACCCAGAUGUCUCCUGCCAGACCAGGCGGGGUCUGUCCCUGGCCAACCGCGUCACCUCCUCCCUCACCUGUCUGAACGGGGGCCUGGAUCCUCUGGUGUACCUGUUUGGGGCCGAGAAGUUCCGGGGAACGGUGAGGAGGCUGUUCUUUAGAGACAGGGCCGGGGGAUCAGGGGCCACCAGUGCAGGAGAGCUGAAGGGAACACACGAGAGCUCUGUCAGCGCCAAGUCUGAGUUCUGAGAAGCUGGAGGUGGAACCAUCUGAAAUAUCAACUUUAUCUGACAGACAUAUUUUUAAGUCAUUUUUUAAAUACAUUUUUCUACCUGUUUUCACUCAAGCCUCUCAAUACUUAUUUUAUACUGCCUCUCCUGUCCAUAUGAGACUGUAUCUUUGUCCUCUACUGCCUCUCCUGUCCAUAUGAGACUGUAUCUUUGUCCUCUACUGCCUCUCCUGUCCAUAUGAGACUGUAUCUUUGUUCUCUACUGCCUCUCCUGUCCAUAUGAGACUGUAUCUUUGUCCUCUACUGCCUCUCCUGUCCAUAUGAGACUGUAUCUUUGUCCUCUACUGCCUCUCCUGUCCAUAUGAGACUGUAUCUUUGUCCUCUACUGCCUCUCCUGUCCAUAUGAGACUGUAUCUUUGUUCUCUACUGCCUCUCCUGUCCAUAUGAGACUGUAUCUUUGUCCUCUACUGCCUCUCCUGUCCAUAUGAGACUGUAUCUUUGUCCUCUACUGCCUCUCCUGUCCAUAUGAGACUGUAUCUUUGUCCUCUACUGCCUCUCCUGUCCAUAUGAGACUGUAUCUUUGUUCUCUACUGCCUCUCCUGUCCAUAUGAGACUGUAUCUUUGUCCUCUACUGCCUCUCCUGUCCAUAUGAGACUGUAUCUUUGUCCUCUACUGCCUCUCCUGUCCAUAUGAGACUGUAUCUUUGUCCUCUACUGCCUCUCCUGUCCAUAUGAGACUGUAUCUUUGUCCUCUACUGCCUCUCCUGUCCAUAUGAGACUGUAUCUUUGUCCUCUACUGCCUCUCCUGUCCAUAUGAGACUGUAUCUUUGUUCUCUACUGCCUCUCCUGUCCAUAUGAGACUGUAUCUUUGUCCUCUACUGCCUCUCCUGUCCAUAUGAGACUGUAUCUUUGACUUUAACUUUGUCUUUGAAAUCAAUUAGAGUUUGUUUCAUUAUCAUGUCCCUUCAGUUGUAACUGUUUUCAACCCUGCCAAAGUGCUGGUAAAGACUAAAUCAAUGGAUGCCAUCCCAGCUGUAAUUCUAGUUGUACAGUAUUUUGCGUAAAACUGUUUUUUUUAAAGGGGGGGGGGGAAUGCAUGCCUUUUCAUCUUAGUAGGUCUUGAUCUGUUAACUCUUUACAAUUGUGCUUAGUAAUGCUUAACAUGCUUUUGGGCAAGGUUAUUAUUACGUUAAUACAAUCUUAUUCUCACUAAUUAUUAAAGUGUAUCUUCAAUGUU